CAGGACGGGCGACCGCUCUACCACCCUGCUGUGGACAGGGCUCUGAAGCUCUGCAGCUCAGGAGGACCUCCGCACGUGAAGCUCAUCAUCGAGUGGGAGCACAGGAUCAAGGACUGCCUGUUUGGUAACAUUCAGGAGGAGGUGGUGAAAGAUGCAGAGAGUGUGAGGAACCAGCAGCAGCAGCAUGUCCAGCAGUACAGCUGCACCCUGGACGAGUGCUUCCAGCUCUACACCAAAGAAGAGCAGCUUGCACCAGAUGACGCCUGGAAGUGCCCGCACUGCAAGCAGCUGCAGCAGGGCAUGGUGAAGAUGAGCCUGUGGACGCUUCCGGACAUUCUCAUCCUGCACCUGAAGCGUUUCAGGCAGGUGGGAGAUCGCAGGAAUAAGCUCACCACGUUCGUGCACUUCCCCCUGACGGGCCUGGACAUGAGGCCCCACAUGGUGAGCCGCAACCACGGCGCCCAUCAGCUCCCCCUGCAGCCCGGGUGGAAGCAGUCCCGACGACACGACCUGGCUCCUCCUGACUACCUGUACGACCUGUAUGCUGUGUGCAAUCACCAUGGAGGGAUGCACGGCGGACAUUACACAGCCUUCUGUAGGAACUCUGUCGACGGCCAGUGGUACAGCUACGAUGACAGCAGUGCUGAGCCUGUUCCAGAGGCAGAGGUGUGCACGCGUGGAGCCUACAUCCUCUUCUAUCAGAGAAGAAACACCAUCCCGCCGUGGUCUGCCAGCUCCUCCAUCACUGGCUCCACCAGCUCCUCCACCUCCGAUCAUUGGCUGGUCCGACUCACUGGGGGCAGCGAGAGGGGCAGCGUGGUGUCAGGAGGACCUCUCCCUGCAGCGCUGGGGCCCGUACAGGCUCCAGAUUCUCCUGAGCUGCCAGUGUUUGGAGAUGAACCAUCAAAAACAGCAGAAACAAACGGGUUUGAAGCCAAGCCAUUUGUCCGUGGGACCCAAGGCAGGAGUGUCAGCAUGAGAUCGCCAACAAAGUCCAAGGAGAGUCUGAGCAAAGUUCUGCCACUGCGCUGGUCCUUUGGCUCCAAGGAUCGCAUUAAACACCCAACACCGACCCGGCCUGGGGAGCUGGUGGAGUACCUGGAGUCUGGGCGCCGGCCGCGGUGUACCAAAGACCCCAUCAUCCAACUGGUGGCCACCCCACCACAAAGGACUACCCAGCGAAGAGCCUUCAGUGUGGGACAGGAAUGCGGCUCGCCCAGUGGCAGCAGCCUCAGUUGCACAGACAGACCCUGCUCUGACACUUGUUACUCGCCCAAACUGCCAGAGGGACAGAGCCGAGCCUGCAACAGCAGCAAAGCCAGGGAUGAUGGUUCUCUGAGGCAGAGGUUGUCCAAGAGAGCGAGGCAGGACCAGGGCAGGACCCUUGACCUCCAGCUGCACAGAGGACUCAUUCUAGAAGGUCAAAUCAGCCACAGUGCACCUCAGAGCAGAGACUCCACUCUGAAGAGAACCAAGGUCCAGACAGGGGUGACGUUCAGGCCUCAAAAAGACUUGGUACAUAUGAUCAUUCAAUCUGAGAACAGGGGGGGGCAGGAGGGUCGCAGCCAGGACAGCCUCUUGUCUUUUUUCAAACCUGGUUUCAUAAGGAAAGGCAUUCUUAGGUCACCACACAAGGGGCAAGAACGGCGUGUGAAUGGCCACGGACCCCUGGAGAAGCUGGCAGGAAGUCAUUUAGCCAAACUGUCCCUCUCUAACGGGACGCUGACCACGGCGACACACGAAGACGGGAAGACCGGUGGCGUCCCCGGCUGUGACAGACACAACUGCAAAGUGCAUCUGCUGAACGGAAAGGCUGGAAAACACGAGGCUGUGGACAUCCAGCGCGCUCACAGCUCCAGCAACAUCCAGGCGAAGAUGGAUUUGACUUUCCGCAGGUGUGCCUCCCUGCAGAGGAACGGCGAAGUCGCGGCACAUCCGGAGCACCGCAUCCUGCUGUCGGACAAGCCGGGCUACGCUACUCUGCAGCGGACGCGCUACAGUACCACCUCCCUGGGUAGGCACCGACCCGUCCCCGAGCACUGAACCCGCACUGCACGCUUAGACUAGAUUCCGACACUCGACACACAGCGGUAGGAGCUGUUGAGGCUCUUUCUCAGCUGGUGUCAAACGAGCACAAACAUCUCUGUGCACAGAGAAUUGACGACAACGUGUCCGAGAUGAGACGCUUCCUUGCUGCUGUAAUAAAAAAAUGCAGGAAAUGAGAUGUGACGUGUGGUAUCAUUACAAAACAAGUGUUUGUGGUAAACGCAGAUCCAAGGUCAGUUUUCUAACGAUCAUGAAUAUCAAUCAUAAGCUGUGUCUCAACUCAGACGCCUCUUUCUUCUGAGGACCACAGAGACCACCUCCUUCAUGAAGUUGGACACGAUGACAAAGUUUGAAGGUUUUUUUUUUUUUUUCGAUACAAGCACCUUCAGCUGUUUGUUUGAGUUGAAGCGUGAUACUCUCUGAAGUGCAAUGAAUUCUGGGGAAGGUGGGGCCAGUUAGUUUCCACCAGUUGGACACAUUAGUCGUCUUCAAGCCUCCGAAGGACGUAUUUCCUGAUUUGAGACACAGCUACAGUGAUUACUUCAGCGGCUUGUUACCGUGUGACUGAUUGUUUUGUCUUGUUUUUUUUUUAAAGUGCCUCUGUGACAGCCCAGAAUGACUUUUGAACACUAGGACCUCUCUUCUGAUCUCGGCGCACGGAGAAGCCGCCCAGCUCGACGCAUCGCUGGAGACAGAGCAGAUCUUCUCUCUCCCUGUCAUAGUACUGUUAUAAGUUCUUACCUGUGUGUGUCUUAAACUCAAUCUAUGCAGUUAACGAGGAGAGAAACUGCUGGAAUGAAGAUGGGCUCUAGUUUAACCAAACAGCCGUCAAUAGGUGGUUUUAUUCUGAAAGGCAGAGAGUGAUUUGAUUGGUCCAUUAUACGUCAUGAAAAGCAGCAGAGUAAAAAAAACACUGGAGUCUUUGGAGAAUUUACGGUUCAAUGGGCUCAAACAUGUAUUAACACGUGCACUGUAAGCUGCCAAUCAGCUGCUGAAACAACACGCACCACGGCUUUGUCAUGUAUGAUGAUUUUACUGUUAUAUUACCAUCGCACUUUCUUUUUUUCUUUUUUUUAUUCCAUAUGUCGCUACGUGACCAGAGUUAACAUGCUGAUGAGGCUAAUUUCUAAUUUAGAGGCAAUUAUACCAAAAGUGGCACAAAAAAUUAAAUUGUACGAUCCACGAAUAAAACCAAGAUUUAGAAAUGUGUCACAUUCACACACACACACACACACACACACACACACACACACACACACACACACACACACACACACACACUGUGUUUGAGUAAGCACCACAGACAGUCAACAUACCUAUUUAAUUCACAGUCCUUGUUUCUGUAGCUGCACCACUGGUCUGGGAGACAAACAAAAGUUCAACACGACAAAUUAAACUUCAUGACUUUUUCUUUCUUUUUUUCAAUUUACAUUUUUAGUUAACGUGUGCAUCGUUUGUGUGUCACUGGGGAUUAUAACGGAGAAGAAACCAGUGUGAGAGUGUAACUGUUGUACUCACAUUUCAUGUUGUGUCAUUUAACAUUACUGUUUAACUACUCUACCAAAAUGAAACGAUCGCGAGUGAAGGAAGUUUCUGAGACGUUACUCUGGAAAUAUGGCUAGAUUAUAUUUUAUUAUUAACUUUUUUAAAAGUCUACAAUUUUUACCUGAUGUGUAAUAUUGUAAUUUAAGAUCAGAGCUGUGUGUUUCCGGUUUGUGUGUCGGGUCGGGUUAAUACAAACAGUAAGUGGGGUUCAUUCGGACACAACACACUAAAGUCCCUGUACUGGACUGUCUACAGUAUAAUGUCUGCUUCUUUUAUGGAUUGCAAAUUAAACACAGAA